UCGCGUUUGCCUUGAAAACAGGGCUGAGCGAGACUGCAUAGUCGUUUCGAUAUUACCGGUCACCUGUCUCACCUGCAUCUCGUCAGUGCGAUUUUUUUUCAGGUGCCAAACCCUAUUUUCGCCAAUUGGUCGCUACACAGGGAAAACACGCUAGCGCGGCGCCUCAACAUUUACCACUCGAAAUUCCUCGGGUAUGUCAAGGCUAGACGAGGAUCUGCCUGUCCGUUUCGUUAACAGAUCUCUAUCUCAGUGAAAACUGACCAUGCAGUGACAUCGACGUGUGAAAAACGCCGUUUUCGUGAACGACGGUCUGUGCGCGAUGUCUCUAACGUGCCGAGUGCAGUAUCUGAACGACGUGGAUCCGUUUUCGUACAGUUCGAAUUUUCCGGAUCCCGCCAGGCCGCCCCUGCACACUUUCAGCGUCAAUCUGCCGCUGAUCAACCAGCUUGCUGCGAUACACAGGCUGCUCAAAUCGCCGCAUAGGCUGGACGAUGCCGCCCUGCAGCUGUACAAAGACGGCGACUAUGGCUCUUACCUUGACCUCGACGCUUCCAUCAGCGAGCAGCAGGAGGAGUUCGAGGGCUUUCAAUCAAACAAAAAGAAUUCCAUUGUACUACGGACCCAACUUUCAGUCAGGGUACACACAAUUAUAGAAAAGCUCCUCACGUCCGAGGGACGAGAACUACGAAGGGCGCUGUUCUCCCUCAAACAAAUCUUCCAAGAGGACAAGGAUCUGGUGCACGAGUUUGUCCAGAACGACGGUCUGUCAUGUCUGAUCAAAGUAGGCUCGGAGGCGGAUCAGAACUAUCAGAACUACAUCCUGAGGGCGCUCGGUCAGGUGAUGCUGUACGUAGAUGGCAUGAACGGCGUUAUGGAACACAACUCUACCAUCCAGUGGUUGUACAGCCUCAUAUCCUCCAAGUUUAGGCUGGUUGUUAAGACGGCGCUGAAACUGCUUUUGGUUUUCGUUGAAUACACCGACUCCAAUUGUAUGCUUUUGGUCAAAGCUGUCAAGGCUGUAGAUUGUUCCCAGGGCCUUCUGCCGUGGCAUAACGUGAUGAAACUGUUGAGGGAUUUCGAUUCCGCCGAUACGGAGUUGCUCAUCUAUGCCACCACGUUGAUCAACAAGGUUUUGAAUGGGGUUCCCGAUCAGGAUACCUACUACGAUCAAACAGACGCCCUGGAGGAACAGGGCAUCGAGCACAUCAUCCAAAGAUACAUGUCGAAGCCGGGCACCGACCUGGACCUGCUCCAGCAGUUCCAGAUCUACGAGGCGGUGCUCCAGUACGAAGACGGCGAGGAGACCAGCGGCAACCCCUUCAGACUCCUCGACGAGAACAUAAGGAAGACCUUGCGCUGCCGCAAAUCGAUGGUCGAUUCGACGGAGAGACGGAAGAGUAGGAGGCAUUCGACAGGUACAUCGAACGUGUACGCAUUGAACAAAAAGAAUAGCAUUAACAACAAUAACAACAAUGUCGGCCUUUGCUUGCAACCGCAGACUAAUCGCGAAGAGGACGAUGACACGUCCAGUUCCCACUCUUCGGAACUGGGAAAUCCCGAUCCCAAUCUGAACGGGAGGUACAAGGAUGGAAACCAAGCUCGUGAAGCAGGAGUCACGCCCGCUCUGAGACAGCGUAGGGAGAGAGCAGAAAGACAGAGACAUUUCCUGAAGCAACAACAGGAAACCAUCUCAAUGUACAGGAAAGUCCAAAGCGGGGAUGAAACCAAUAGCGACAAAGUUAACGGAAACUACACCAACGCUCUCCAGCAACGCAUCAACAACAACGGCAACAUCCUGAACAGGAACUCGUCCAGGAAGGAUCUGACGCCGCUCCUGAACGCCGUCAACAAGAUGGAAUCGGAAGAGGGCCUCGCGAAUCAGCCGUGGAUACUUUCCAUGAUGUACAACAAGAAUUCCGAAACUCAGGAGGGCAGGGAGAAGAUGGAGGCGGACGUCGAGAACUCGAACGAGAACGAGAGGAAUCUGCUGAUGCAGCUGAAGAGGGAGAACACGGUGAAGGACCUCACCCAGAAAUUGGCCAGUCAGAACAUCCUGCACAGUCCUACUGAGGAGAGCAAGAUCAACAGGAUCGGCGAUAUGUCGGGCCUGAUCUCCAAGGCUAAAGAAGGUCUGGCCAAAUCCAAGUCCAAAGUAGACGUCGUCAAGAGUCCGACGGCCGAAAAUGUUCCUAAGUUUGAGGUGAAGAAGUCAGAGAAUGAACUGAGAUGGGAAGAGUUGGUGGCCAACAUGAAGAGAAGUCUGAACCUAUGCGACAUGGACUUCACGGAUCUGGGUAGCGAGGAUGAAGUUGACAUCCUUGCCCCAACCCAAGUCAGCAAUGGUAUACCCCCUCCACCGCCUCCCUUGUUGAAGGAACAUCCAGUAGCGCCGCCCCCACCUCCCUUGUCCAAUAGAUUAGGGGCUCCACCUAUGGCCCCAAACCCACCGCCUGUAUUCAGUACAAACCUGCAAAAACCAAAAAACGAAACAAAGAUACCAAUAAAGAAAAACAAGAAAACAGUGAAGCUGUUUUGGAAGGAAGUCAGAGACGACGUCUCGUCCUCUACCAAAUUGAAAUCUGGUCACAUUUGGGACGAGCUGAGUCCGGUCAGUGUAGACACCCAGAAAUUGGAGCAUCUGUUUGAGUCCAGAGCCAAGGAUCUUCUGACCAAGAAACAACAAGAGAUGAACAAGAACAAGGAAAUCAUAGUCUUGGACCCCAAGAGAUCGAACGCCAUCAACAUCGGCAUGACCAAAUUACCUCCACCUAGAUCGAUCAAGGCCGCCAUCUUGAAAAUGGACGCUACCAUCAUGAACAGAGAGGGCAUAGAGAAGCUGCUCACGAUGCUACCGACGAAGGAUGAGCGCACUAAAAUCCAGGAGGCGCAAGCCGCCAACCCUGAUCUUCCACUGGGAAGCGCGGAACAGUUCCUACUCACCCUGGCCUCGAUAUCCGAGCUGCAGGCCCGUCUGAAAUUGUGGGCCUUCAAGCUGGAUUUCGAGAACACCGAGAGGGAGAUAGCCGAGCCUCUCAUGGACCUCAAGCAGGGUAUAGAACUCCUCAGGAUCAACAAAACGUUCCGGGGCAUCCUGAGCACGUUGCUCUCCAUAGGCAAUUUUCUUAACGGGGCCGAGGUGAAGGGAUUUCAAAUAGAAUAUCUGUCGAAGGUACCCGAGGUCAAGGACACCGUUCAUAAACAUUCCUUGCUGCACCACCUUUGCCAUAUAGUCAUGGAGAAGUUCCCGGAAGCUACGGAUCUAUACUCGGAGAUCGGAGCCAUUACUCGAGCGUCCAAGGUUGAUUUCGACGAGUUGACCUUGAGCAUACAGAGGCUGGAGGAUGAUUGCAAGGCGUCCUGGGAUCAUCUGAAACUGAUCGCGAAGCACGAUGGCACAACGAUGAUCAAGGGGAAAAUGUCGGAUUUCUUGUCGGACUGCGCCGAAAGGAUAAUAUUGUUGAACAUCAUCCAUAGGAGGGUAAUGAAUAGGUUCCAUAAAUUUCUGUUAUGGCUGGGCAUCCCUCUGCAUCAAAUCAGUGAUACGAAGCCAAAUGAAUUCUGCAAGAUAAUAUCGGAAUUCGCUCUAGAAUAUAGGACCACGAGGGAAAGGGUGUUGCAACAGUUGGAGAAGAAAGCCAAUCAUAGAGAGAGAAACAAGACGCGAGGAAAGAUGAUAACCGAUGUCGGAAAAUUCAAGACUAAGGAAGAUCGCGCUGACGCAGAACUCCGACAACUGCUUGGCAGCGAUCUGUCGGACGUGGAGAGCUUCCAAGGCACCCUACCCUUGAGAAGAACCCGUAGAGAUGGCAACAGAUCCUUCCUGGGAAGCACCAACGGAAAUUUGACUGAUGGCGACGACGAAAUCCUGGAGAGCCUGGUGAAGACGGCCACCAAAGGACCUUCCAGGAUUGCGCCGAGAGAAAGGAAGAGGACGAGGCACGCUGAUAGAAAAUCAUUGAGGAGGACCCUAAAGAAUGGAUUAUCUGAAGAAGAGAAAACACACCUUUCGGCAUAUAUCAAGGGUUACUAAAAUGAUUGUGAUUGAAGACGGAAUGCCACCAUUUAGUGAAUCUUCAGAACGACUAUCUUAAUGUGAUAAAGUAUGGCUGCUCACCCCUGUACUUGUACUAAUUUAGUUAUUUAUAUGUUGUGGAUCGAAACCAAUAAGUUAUUUAUUUUGGGUUAGAAUGAACGAAUGAGGUUUAGUUUCGGUUAUAUUUUUAGGUCAGCAUUAUCCAUCCUAACCAAGACAUGGUGGAGUUGAUGUGAUUAAAGAAAAAAAGUUUUAUUCUAUAUUACAAAUUUUUACGAAAAUGCCUACCCAUUUGUGUAAUUGCUGUGUCUUUUUACACAAAAUCAACUAGUCUUCGUUUUUUAGUUCGAAAACUUCUAGCUAAUCUUCAACUUUUCCUAUUUAAGCGAAAAACGACUGUCUUUAGCAAUUCAUUCGGAAGGAAUAUUUUCAUUUCUUACUUGCUGUGUUUUUCAUCCUAACUAGAGAUUCUAUUUGUAGGAGAUAAUCAUUCGAGAUACUGAUAACCAUGUCUAAAUGAGUGGAUGAUCAAUAUUAUCACGUUAAUUGUAUGCGAGAUGAUACUUUUAAAAAAAAUCUUGUUUUUGUUAUAUCUUACAUGUAAUGAAUAAAUUUUGUUAUAUUA